GUGUCUCUUGAUGCACACAGAAAUCACCGUGUCCCCCAGUGAGCCGCAGACCCUGAGUGGCUCCGUUUGCCGUGCGAUGCAUUUCUAUGGCAUUGGGGUCUUCCUCAUUUCUUUUCUGAUCAGCUUCAUAGCCAUUCUGGUUAUACUGAGUCAAGCCCGAGGUUUAUAUAAAAGGUUUGUAAACUCCACGGGAUUCCUGGGGGACCAGCAGUGGGCCAUGAUUAAGAUGGUGGAGCAACGAGUGUUUUUUUACCCCGUCACAUUCUUCUGCUGCUGGGCCCCAGCUGUCCUCCUUGGAAUACUGAAGCUGACAACAGCAACAAACAGCAAAAUCUACAUGGCUCUUCUAAUCCUGCAGGCUCUGACAGCAGCUUCCCAGGGGCUCCUCAACUGCAUUGUCUAUGGCUGGACACAGCACGUCUUCCUCUCCCUCAAACGCAACGCCUGCCGGGACGUUGACACCCAGACUCCUCUCCUGCGUUCCCAGAAGAAGUUCUACGCCAGCACGCUCCCCGCCAGCCCACCAGAUGCAGAUGGGUCCACAUCCACCCUGCUCUGA